GUCUCGCCAAAGCCCUCGUAGUGCGUGUGCUCUGGCCCACGAGCAAUGUCCAGUGAUAAACUGUUCCAUCAAGCUCACAUCAACUAGUCUCCCUCGUUAAAUUGAACCCGCUCUUCCCCCAUCGUCUACACUCACCCCGCGAAGAAAGUUCAAACCAAUUGCAGUCAAUAAACCCUUCGCCUUCCGCUCCAAACGAUGAAAAUAACCUCGGACAUUUAAAAAUCCCCGAACAGUCGUGAGUUCACCGUAUGUUUUUGUUGUCUCCAAGUGAUGUUUCGCCCCUGAACGCCGCGGAGCCGUCGUUAAACAGUGCAAAACUCAAAUAAAUAAAUAAAAAACAGUGCAAAAGUGAAAGAAAAAAUUCUCAAAUCGGAUAUUGCAGUGUGAAAAAUGAUGCUAGAGGGAUUACGCAAAGUGCAGUGAGUAUCCUAGAUGCGUGAUUUUGCAAGCGAGAGAGGACUGAGAGGCUGAGGGAAUGGGUGCUGGUAUGGGUAGAACAGGAACGAGUGGCGGUGGUAUCCUCGAGGCACUACCAACUGGCACACCGCUUCACGUUGCCAUGCUGGGCCUAGACAGUGCUGGUAAAACAACAGCACUUUAUCGAUUGAAGUUCGAUCAGUACUUGAACACAGUACCAACAAUUGGAUUCAACUGCGAGAGAAUUCGUGGGGGCAUUGGAAAGGCGAAAGGUGUGAAUUUUCUGGUUUGGGACGUGGGAGGUCAGGAGAAGCUGAGACCACUUUGGAAGAGUUACACGAGGUGUACAGAUGGUAUUAUUUUUGUGGUUGACUCUUGCGACACCGAGAGACUCGAAGAAGCCAAGAUGGAGCUCACGAGGACAGCGAGGAGUCCUGAUAACACAGGUGUUCCCGUACUCAUUUUGGCUAAUAAACAAGACUUACCAGGUGCCAAAGACGUGGGCGAACUGGAAAAACACCUCGGUGUCCUAGAGUUAACGAGCUCACCGGGCAGUUCCUGCGUAAGGGUCCAACCAGCCUGUGCCAUUACCGGAGAAGGCCUGCACGAGGGCCUCGACACUCUCUACCAGCUCAUCCAGAAACGACGUAAACUCGCCAAAUUAAAUCGCAAAAGGGCGAGGUAGGCCCGGGCCUCGGAGGACUGUACGUGCGUAUUCUGAUACUGUCCUCGAAUCACUGGAUUCAGAUGUCCUGAUGCAGUGGUGAUGCACCAAACUCGUCAAUCAGGUUUUUCAGCGGCAUUGGAUUUUGGAAGAAUCAGUGUUGCAUGAGAAAUGGACAAUUUGCUUUUUUCAGUGGGUGGUACGACCCGGGGAGAAUGACGGCAGGAAAGAAGCAACGAUUUUUUAAUGGUUAGAGAGAGCCAACGAUAGCUGUGAAGUGAUAAAACUUGAACAGUUUCAAGUGAUGAUAAUUCAAUGAAGUCAAUAUUUCUCCUUCAAAGGGGAAUUUAUCGCAGUAAUCGACGAUCUCACGAGAUCAUUUUGAAAGAACUCUUUUGUUGAACAUUGUUUCUUUGAAAAAUCCUUGGGUUCUUUCUUCUAGAACUACUCGGAAUGUCUACUUAAUGAACAAAGAAGUUAAAAAUUGAUUUUUAUCGACACCUCAUAUCUUUAAUUAACAAUUUAUCUCGGUCGUUGUGGAUUUGAUAAGAAAACUUCGGAAGAUUUUUGGUAGAAGAGUCGAUUCUUGUGGAGAAAUCACUUCAUUAAAUUUUUUUUAUUCAGCACAAAACCACUAAAUUUAUACAGCUUUUCAUAGACUCCAUUAAAUAUGAAGUUAUCUAAGUAGUUAUCGAUUUUACGAGAAAACUUUGUAAGAUCUUUUCUGUUGAAAAUUUCUUUCUCUACAAAAAAGUCCUUUGAUGUUUCCUUGUAAUUCCACUCGUUCUCGAGAUAUUUCCGGAAUUAAUCAAGAAGUCACGUUGAUGAGAAUUGGUUCCUGUCGACAUAUCACCUCAAUAAAUAUGGAUUUAUCUCGGCAAUUAUUGAUUUUACGAGAAAACUUGACUAAAUUUCUUUUGUUGAUAAUUGAUUUCUCGACAAAAAAGUUCUUCUCACAUUUUCCCCUAAAACAACUUGUUCUCGAGAUAUUCACACAACUAAAUAAACAAACAAAUCACUCUUGACUCAACCAGUUUUAUCACUUCACACGAUUUUAAUUCCACAAAUGAGGGAAAUGUUCUUCAUUUUCAAACGAAAACGUUUAUGGACGAGAAGAAAACAAUGUAAUCUCUUAGAUGCAGCCGCAUAUUUAGGUCAGAAUGGAAAAGAGACUGUGUCGAAUCAUGACUGACGUCUAUUACCGAGUUAAUCCAUCAAAUCCUACGUACUUGUGCCUCACUUACAUAUUUUGCACCAUUUUUCUAUUAAUCCCUUCCCUGUGUCCGUGUCUAUGGUGUUUCUGCAAUUACCCUGGUGCUUCCGAAGAGUUUAUCCCACUUGUUUUUGUUGAGUUGACGAGUCUGACGACUCAAGCGAGCUUUCCAGUGUUAAUUAUUAAAGGGAGACUCACUGAAAUUCUAAAAUCGCAGGGGCCUUUCUUUGUCGGGCUGAUGAAUUCAGUAGCAAGCGCCAAAACUUUGAGCGAUAAAACUUGAAACGAUUCAAGUCGACGUAGCUCUCAUCCAAGAUUUCGUGGAAUAUCUCCGAAUCUGAGGGAGAUACCGAAAUUUUUCUAAUUAUCUUUUUUGUAGCUAUUAGUUUACCCGAUAAA